GAGUUUCCUCGGUAUAUCCCCGAAGCCCGACUACAUCUCUUCCGACUUCACUCGAUCUUCAAAUUUCUACCCACACCCCAGUUCACCUCUUUCUAGAUCGUUCAUCUCCACACUGGUCCAUCGUUACACGCCCUCGCAUAUUACGACCGCCGUGUCCGCUCAUUAACCUUCAAAACUAUGUCAAACCUGGAGAACUUUGUAAACGUCACUUCUCCUGAACAUUUCCGGGCGCUUCUCUCGAAAGACCUCGAGCGUGUUUCUCUCAUCAAUUUCUGGGCACCAUGGGCUGCCCCUUGCACCCAAAUGAAUGAAGUCGUGCUAGAACUUGCAAAGAAGUACCCGAAAUUACUUGUCUUACAGGUCGAGGCGGAGGAGCAACCUGAUAUCACGGAAUCCAUGGACAUCGAAGCCGUUCCAUCAUUUAUCGUUCUUCGUGGGCACGCACUCCUUUCACGUAUACCGGGCGCCGACGCCAUAAGACUUACCACCGCGCUCGCAGCGCACCUGCAAUCACCUGCGGCCCCCAUUCCCACCCCCCUGGAAAAGAAAGAGACGCCGGAAGAACUCAAGAGCCGCAUGGAUGGAUUGAUGUCUAAGAGCAAGGUUGUUCUAUUCAUGAAAGGACAACCAGAUGAACCGCGAUGCGGAUUCUCUAGGCAGACUGUACAGUUGUUGAGGGAUAAUAAGGUCGAAUUCACCCAUUUCGACAUUCUUUCCGACGAGAGCGUCAGACAAGGACUCAAGCAACUGAAUGACUGGCCGACUUUCCCACAGAUCAUAGUUAAUGGAGAGUUUGUCGGAGGUCUGGAUGUAACGAAGGAUUUGUUCAACACCGGGGAAUUUUGGGAAAUUUACAAAAGUGCUUGAUUUUCUAUUCUCUAUUUUCCGUGCUUUCUUCGUUACCUAGAAAUGUGUAUCGCGUCAUCUGUUCCAUGAGCUGUAAAUUGUAAUACUAAUACAAUGGCAGGUCACGUGUCUAUUUGCAUUAGAAAAAUACUGCUCCAUCGCUUGUAAUGUCAAAAUUUCUCUGUCUAUGUUCACUUUCCACCUUAAUUUUCUUUGUCAAGCUGGGCAGUUCAU